ACAAUCACGCACCAAAUGAACGGCCAUGGCCCACUUGCAUCAAUAUUCUCAUUUCUCAAUUCCUCUCGAAUUAUCGAUUUCGUCCUCACCACAAUCGCUAAACCGUUUUCUCUCUCCCUCUCAAUGUCGACGGCCGAUGACGCCGGCGCGGCCGUCAAUGCGCCGAAGAAGAAGCAGCGCGUCAGCAGCAGCAGCAGCACCUGCCUCCCCUCCACUCUCGCUAUCAUCGAUUUAUCCGACGAAUCCCUAACCGAAAGGCCUCGCAAACCGCCUCUCCUCCGCCGCACCGCCUCCCAUUCUCUAUUCCACUUCUCCCCGUCCUCCUCCGCCGCUGAUUUCAACGAUCAGUCCACCGCAGACGUCGUCCUCGCUCUCCGCCUCGACCAUCAGCCGUCUUCUUCAUUCGAUUGCGACGAUGCUUUCUCCGAAUCGAGCUCGAUUGCUUCCCCCGAGACUCAGAUCUAUUUGCACUCACGAGUUCUUCGCCGAUCGAAAUACUUCGCUGCGCUUCUCUCCGACCGCUGGCAGCAGAAGAGCGACGCGGCUUCGUCGAUGGAUGAAGAGAAUUGCUUCAAAACCCAUCGUAUUACUCAUCGUAUUCCGGCUGUUUAUGAUUCUAUGGAUGACUACGUGACAGUGCUCAAACUCCUCUACUCUGAUGAUUUGUUGUUUGCGAUUGAUAACCUGUCGACCGCGCUUGAUUUGCUCCCGAUCGCGCUUGAAUUGUUGUUUGAAGAUUGCGUUAAAGCUUGUGUGAGAUUCAUCGAGGCAGUGCCGUGGUCGGAAGAGGAUGAAAAGAGGAUCUUAAGUUUGAUUCCUCUACUGAGUGAGGAAGAAUCAAAAGAGCUCCUCGCCAGAGUUUCUCCACUGAAAAAUGAUUCAUCCGAGGAAAUGCUUCACGGAUUGAUCCUCUCCGCAAUCCACAGCAAUUCGAACAUGGCCUUCGCGAAGGCGUUCGUCGCAAAGCUGCUGAGGGACUUCUCGUCGAGGGAGACUGCGAGGAAAGUUCUCGAUGCGGCGUUCGACAAGAGUUUGAGAGUCGUGAAGCAGUCGUUGGAGGAGUACUCGAGUCCGGACUUCAGAGGCAGCCACGAUGAGACGGAGGUUAUCCAGAGGCUGAAUUUGCACACGGCGAUGACUAAUUUGAAGCACGUUCUGUGGCUGGUGGAGAGGAUGAUUGAGCUGAGAGUGGCGGAUACAGCCGUGAAGGCAUGGAGCGAGCAGGCAUCGCUCACGGCGGAUUUGAGGAGGGCGUUUCUCGAUGAUCUAUGGCGUGCUUUCUUUCCGGGACUACCCUCUGUAGUGCUUCGCUGCACUUGCCGGCUUGCUAGUGCAGUCGUCACGGGGAAUAUCUUGGCUGCAAGACAGGUUAGGAUGAAGCUAGUGAGGGAUUGGCUGCCGGUGUUGAUUAUCUGCAAAGAGAGGGUACCGAUCAUGGGGUCGAACAGUAUGUCGCUGUAUGUGGAGCUGGAAGACAUAUUUUUGAGGAUCAUAUCGACUCUCCCUAUAUCAGAUUCACAGGAAUUGUUGCAGCAGUGUCUUAGCUUCUCAACUCGGAACAUUGAUGACUGCCCUCACUUGGUGGAUGCGUUUACUACUUGGUUUCGUCGUGCCAACAGACCCGCACAGGCAGAUCUUUCCGGGUAAAGGUUUUGGGUCUUGGUAGGAGGGGAUCCUUCGCUUACCACGGAAGCUUUGUAAAUAGACUAUUGCCAUCUUUUUUCCCUUUGAAAGUUGCAGUAAGGCAGGAGUCGUCUUCUUUUUCAUGUCUGUGACGAACUGCUGUGCAUUUGCUGGCCAUGUAUAUGUUUGAGAAUGGAUGUUGCUAUAACUUAGAAGAAACAAAUGAUGAAGUUGCAGUUAAUGUGCUA